AUGACAAGGUCUCUUGGCAUUCUCCUCGGGACCCUGUCGGCGGCUGUCAUGGCCGCCGCGGGUGUCAUCGAGCCCGAUCAGGUCACAGGGCGCCAGUCGACUCCGACCUGCGUCUCCGGCUCCCACGCGAGCCCGUCGGGGUACGACAUGGAUUACGCCGCCGUGGGAGACCCGGAUGGCAACCGCUUCUACGAUAUCGACCCUGCCUUCACCAGAGACCACUCCGUUGGCAGUUCAAUGAGCCUGUACAUGGUGCAUGGGGACGGCCCGAGCGCGUACGGCUCCUUCAAGUGCCAGUACACGUGUAACGGGACGCCCGGGUGCGUGUCGUUCUUUGGGCGGUUCGUCCAGGUGAACUCCUCGUCGGAGCGGUUUGAGUGCUUGGGCUUCGACACGCUGUGA